CAGAGAGCAGAACUCAGCUAACCGACAGUGGAGUGGUGCUCUUCAGCUGCUAGCCGUGUGCUCGAGCGAUCAACCGGCCUUUUUGCGAAUAAAACUAUUACUUUCCGACUUCAGCUACAGUGAUAGCUAAGUUUGGAAGGAAGGGAGAGGGAGAAACGCCGUGUCUUUUUGUCUCAUAGUCUCGUUUAGCUGACCGUGCUGUAGCCGCGGUCCUUAAUACAUCACAAAGAGGAGACAGCGUAAAGCAAACAGCAAUAUUCACUCGGUUCUUUCACCAUUCAGACAGCAUGGAUAACUCUGGACCUAAGAAGACCUGCUGUGAGUCUGUCCGGGACUUCUUCACUUCAGCUAAAUUCCUUAUUUACAUGGGACAUGCCCUGUCAACAUGGGGGGACCGAAUGUGGAACUUUGCGGUGGCUGUGUUCCUGGUGGAGCUGUACGGGAACAGCCUGCUGCUCACGGCCGUGUACGGGCUGGUGGUGGCCGGCUCGGUGCUGCUGCUGGGGGCCAUCAUUGGGGACUGGGUGGACAAAAACCCCAGACUUAAAGUGGCCCAGACUUCGCUGCUCGUCCAGAACAGUUGCGUUAUCCUGUGUGGGAUCCUCCUCAUGGUUGUUUUCCAGUUCAAAGAACAGCUUGUGGAGCUUUACAAUGGAUGGAUUCUGACCACCUGCUACAUUCUGGUGAUCACCAUCGCCAACAUUGCUAACCUAGCCAGCACGGCUACGUCCAUCACCAUCCAGAGGGACUGGGUCGUGGUGGUGGCGGGGCAGGACAGCAGCACGCUGGCAGAUAUGAAUGCCACCGUACGGAUUAUCGACCAGCUGACCAACAUCCUGGCCCCCAUGCUGGUGGGUCAGAUUAUGGCCUUCGGCUCUCAUUUCAUUGGCUGCGGCUUCAUCUCCGGCUGGAACCUGUGCUCCAUGUGUGUGGAGUACGCGCUGCUGUGGACGGUCUACCAGAAGACGCCGGCGUUGUCCAUGAAGGGUGGGCAGAAGGAGCAGCAACAGGAGCUCAAACAGCUCAGCACCCCCAAAGACCUGGAGAACAGCCAGAGUCCAGAGGAGUCGUCCCAGCCGCUGAUGAUUGAAGCCAUCGUGUCCAAGCCCGAUGCUCUGAAGCAGCGCGGCUGCUGCUACCAAGUGAGCGAGCCGCUGCGCACCCUGAAAGCCGGCUGGGUGGCCUACUACAACCAGAACAUCUUCUUGGCCGGCAUGUCCCUGUCCUUCCUCUACAUGACAGUGCUGGGCUUCGACUGCAUCACCACUGGCUACGCCUAUACGCAGGGCCUCAACGGCUCAGUGCUCAGCCUGCUCAUGGGGGCCUCGGCUGUAGCGGGCAUCUGCGGCACCGUUGCCUUCACCUGGGUCCGCAAGAAGUGCGGCCUGAUCCGCACGGGCUUCAUAUCCGGCACGGCCCAGCUGUCCUGCCUCAUGCUGUGUGUGGUCUCCGUCUUCGCUCCCGGGAGCCCCCUGGACCUCAGCGUCUCCCCUUUCCAGGACCUUUACUCCCACCUGAUGGGGGAGAAGGCUCUGCCCGAGGCCGAGCACUCUCUCUCCAGCAUCCUAAACGCCACCACUGCUUCCCCCGCUGAAGAGCUGCCCCCCCUGCAGUCCUACAUGUCGGUCAGCCUGCUGUUUGCUGGAGUCAUUGCUGCUAGAAUUGGUCUGUGGUCGUUUGACCUGACAGUGACCCAGCUCAUCCAGGAGAAUGUGAUGGAGUCGGAGCGCGGCGUCAUCAAUGGCGUCCAAAACUCCAUGAAUUACCUCUUAGACCUGCUGCACUUCAUCAUGGUGAUUCUGGCUCCCAACCCCGAGGCUUUUGGCCUGCUCGUCAUCAUCUCCGUGUCCUUCGUCGCCAUGGGUCACGUCAUGUACUUUGGAUUUGCCUUCAAGAGCCUGGGCAGCCGCCUCUUCCUCUGCUGCUCCCCGGAACAGAAGGUGGAGGAGGUGGAGAGCCCCUCACUUCCUACCACCGUUUAACCCCACUGAAGACACUCUGUCCUGGGUACAUAUCUCUCAAACCUUACCCUACCCCUGCUGCAUCUUACCAAACUAACAUCUUAGCUUGGAGCUAGAACAACGCUUACCAGAGAAAGGUAACUUAACAUAUUAUGCUGCUGUAUCCAUUAAUCAUUAGAAGGAAGUGAGUAGGAAGCUAACAGUCGUAGAAACGUUCCCUGCUCUUGGAUACAAACAUGUACUGUCAAACAGGGAUCCAUCACUAGGGUCGCGCCCCAAAUGUGGGGGCUGUCAAAUAAAUCAGGGGACUGUGAAACUCUCUCCUCCUGACAGCCUGGAUCUACCUGUACAGGUGCUUCAGCCAACUGCUGGGCAGAAUGGAUUAGCUUUCACUAAUGCUAUCAUACACUUUGCCUCUCAGAUUAAAGGGGGGCCAUGUCUUCAUGAGAACGCCACCCCCCCCCCAUUGUCUGAUACUUUGCCUCUCAGUGACUUCCUUGGUGCUGUAGCUGUGUCUGCGAUAGCCUAGCUUCCAUGUUUUUGUAUGCUGAGCAGGCUGUGGAUGCUCUUUAUUAACCAAACGCAGAACUGGGAUCUUGUCUCUUUAAUACUUUGGUAAAGGGUUAUCGAUUAAAUGUAUGAAUUCAGGACAUGCAGAUGGUGUGUUUUAUAGCUAUCGUAUCAUCAGUAUUGUGUUGUGCCAUAAGCAAUAAUAAUAACUAUCCUAUGCAUCCUUGUCAACAGCUCUCUCAGUUACCAAAGUCCAUAUGUGGCAUAAAAGGAAGUGAGGGAAACCAGAUAUCUGUCUGCAGCGUUCCAAAAACAUUUUACUUCAGGUGACAGUAGAGGUGUAGCUUCACUAAUGCUUCGUACACCCUGGAUAUGUCUAACCCGCUCUGAGAUUUUACUUGUCUGAUAGUUUACAUUAAUAGUGUCACCUUUUAAUUUGUAUGUUCUCUUGAUUAAUGUUUCAAUCGUGAUUGUUGUUACACAGGCACUUUAAGUGAUUGACAUCUGUCAUUACAGCGCGUGAUCAGGCAUUUGAUCAAUAUUUUUGCACAAGGCUGAAGUUCUGACCCCAUUAACCCCCGCACAAUGUAUUUUCAAUCACUUUUGUCUCUCUGUCAGUUUGCUCAGGCGCUGUGCAGGGACUGUGGUAAAAAUAAUGGCACAUAUUAAAACCCUUUUGAGGAAAUAGUGCAGAGUUUACCUUAGACCGGCCUCAGAGCUGAGUCAGCAAACAUUCAGACGCUGGACCUGCAGUCAGCGGCAGCUCUUAUCGCUGACAGCUUCAACAUUUAGGUUCUGACAGUUGACAUCUUUGGCCUUACUAGAACAUUCCUUUCAAUAGUUUCUCAUGAAAGUUUGUGACUUUUUUGCUUCUUUUCCUGUGAGGUGAUUUUGUAAGAGAAAGAACAAAAGAAUGUGGAAAGAAGCUUUAAAGAGAGGCUCCUGUUUUCUCAACAGUUGGCCUCUCGGGAGACAAACACAGGAUAAUGAUAAAACACAGGGUCAUAUUGACAGCAAUAUCCAGCUGAGGUUUUCCAACUGUAGCUAACAUUAGCCAAGUAAGGCUUUAGCCGCAAACCCCUGAAAGCACUGAACUGCUUUUGAAUUUAUCAAGUGAACCUGAGCUCACAUAUAACUAAUGUAGCUGAAACUAAUUCCUCUCCCGCUCUGAUUCCCACUACCUUAUUGUAAAAGAGCCUUGACAGCUGUUAAACGCACACGAGUGGCUCUUCCAGACCAGCCGCACCCUACCAGUGAAAAAUCUGGCCAUGAUGUGGAGAAAUAUUGGUGUUGGAAGCAGAGGCAGCGGAGCAGAUGCAGGAGAACAGAAGGACACUUCAGCCACACAUGCUGAGUCAGGGUGUCUGCAGGCACACUCACAGGUUUCGUGUGGGGUCCAUGUCACCCUAACCCAGCUCUAUAAAAACAGCCCUGCUUUGGCUGAUUCAGGAAUAUCUCACAUUAGCAUUACUCUAUAUUUUUAUGUAUGUGGUCAGUCAGUAUAAAUAUACAUUAGAAAAAACGAUAUAUAUAUAUAUAUAUAUAUAUAUUGUGUAUACUGUUGUCUGGAAAUGCUGACUUUCUUUUUUUACAUGUUUUUAUACACCUAGUGUUAACAUUUUGUGUCGAAUUGAUUUUUUUUGAAAGAUUUAUGAAAUGUGUACAUAAAGCAAUUACUUUCUUUCAUUUGAAUGCAUCUGUAAAAUACUGCUUUAAUCUGAUUAUAUACGUAUAUUUCUCUUUUUUAUAUAUAUAUUUCAGUGUUAUUGUAGUUUAAUAGAAAAAAAGCAUGAAAUCAGGAAGAAAUCAUUUUUAUGUAAUGAUCGCACUCCAAGGACGUUGGUACUGCUUGUAAUGCAUGAGAUUUCCUAAAUAAAGAAAACCUUCACAAUU